AUGUCUAACAACGCAUGCUGUUCUUGCUGUCAAUUUAGUCGCAGAGAUUUUCGGAGCUGGUUGCGACCUGUGGUGAUAUCAAUUUACUUUGUAAUCCUGUGUGUUGCUCUUCCACUAACUGUUUGGGAAUUGCACAAAAAUCGUGCUCAAACUCAUGUUCAGGCAUGGUUUGUCGCAGGAUGUUUUGUGUUUUUGACAAUUCCUAUUUCUCUCUGGGGAAUUCUGCAACAUUUGGUGAACUAUACCAAACCAGAGUUACAAAGACGGAUUGUCAGGUAAAAACUACAGUAGGUCCAGUUAUACUUAUGUGCUAACCUGCGAGAGUAGAUGCCAUACUCGGAUUCAGUUUCACAGGUCAAGAUGUGCAACUACAGGGGAAACAGGGUGUCUCCUCUCACAUCCGCAAAGCCUUUUUCGACCUUCACACUCCACAAGUGCCAAAUCUAAUGCUUAAUUAGAGCAUUAGAUUAUCCUCAUAAGCAUAUGUAGCGACGCAGCUGGCCCACGCUUUGUCCAGACUAUUUGUGUAGUCCGUCUGCAAAUUAGUGCGCAAGAGCUCGUUCUGAUGUCCAGCAGAGUUGCAAGGAUAUAUGUGAGCAUUUCUGAUAGGCGGGUUUCUGAUGAGUUUCUUAUGCACCUCACGACUAGCCCAAUUCUUACGUGUGCAUGACAGUUGGGCACAGCCGUUAGGAGCAUUAAAUUUUACAGUAAACAAUGAAAUAGCAGUUCAAACUUCAAAACCUUCUUCUGAACACAAAAAAAUGCUUUGAGGGAAUUGCUUUGAGGCCAAAUACGUUUUUAAAUUUGCCGACUGAUUUCCCAGCGUCUUCCAAUAAUGCUGGAGAUGCACUGCUGUGUAUUCUGCAAUCUAGUCGACAGUUCUAGCAUCAAACCAAAUCAGGAAAUCAUGAUCUAUUCCUGGAUGAAAAAGUUACACACACGUAGCUACUCAGGUGCAGGUAUUUCAGAGAAAACCAAAGAAACAAAAGUUAUUUAGCCACAACAAAAAGCUCAAGGCUUUAACAGAGAAAGAAGAAAACCAUUUUUAUGGUAUAAACUGCAUCUGUGAUAAAAUCCUGUCAGAAAACACAUUCAGAAACAUAAACAACAGGAACUAGUUACUCAAUAUGCAUGGAACAGACCAGCUUUAUAACAGUUACCUCAAAAUGUGUGACUCAAAGCAGCAAAAAUAAGACUUGCUCUGCCUCAGUCACAGUUCAUAAUACCCCAUGCACUGCAUAAUUAUUUAAUAAUUAUUAAUUUCAAAACUUAGAAGGCCCAAAACUAUAUAAAUAUAUUCUAAUGCGUUAUAGAAGAGAACAUAGAUUUUCUGACAAGUGCAACCAAUACUGACAUACAUGUAUUAAGUGUAUUUUGUUUGUCUCAACAGAAUUCUUUGGAUGGUUCCAAUUUAUGCAACAGAUAGUGUAGGUAGAUGAUUUUUUAUGUUUUCAUGAAAAUAAAAUUUCAAAGGAUGGAUGAAAAAAAUAGAAAUAGUUUUUAAAAACCCAACAGUUUAUUUUACUGACAGGCACAUCUUUUUGUGUUUCAGUGGCUUGCUCUUCGUUUUCCUAAGGCAGCUAUUUACUUGGAUUCUCUUCGAGAGUGCUAUGAAGCUUAUGUGAUUUACAAUUUUAUGACGUUUCUGCUGGCAUACCUUUCCUCUGAAUAUGCCUUUGAAGUGGUUUUGUCCGACAAGCCUCAAGUCAAACACUUCUUUCCUUGCUGUACCUUACCCCCCUGGAGGAUGGGCAAGUAUGGAGUCACGUAGUACUAUAAAUCCAUAUUCUCAAGCACUGCUCCCUAUAAAUUUCCUAUAUAUGGUAUUAAUGAAGAGAAUUAUUUUGUUAAAUCACGUCACUUCUUUGAAAAGGUUCCACUAAAAUAGUUACACUGUUGAUUUCAUAGAAGAUGCAUGCAGGUGCAGAUAUCUUCAUUUUGUGGGAUUAACUGUAUGAGAGAAUUAUAGGAGUGGAAAGUGACAUGAAUUUCAAUAGCCCAUGUUUAACGUAUUAAAAUUUUAACAUGACUUUGAGACUUUAGGGUCAAAAUUGCAAAUUUUCACGACUCCAUUGUCUCACAAUUCCCAGAAGAGACUUGAGCACAAAGAAAACCAAACCAAAUAUAGAAAAAUGAGCAGAAAGCCUCAGAGUCAUUUUAGUUUAAUAUAUCGAACAUUGGCUAUUCUCCUGUGGAACAGUAACCUAGUACUCUAGGCUGGCAGAAACUACACGUAAUAUCAGCUAUUAUUAAAAACUGAAUCAUUGGAUAGCGCAAUUCUAGAGCUCUGAUUGGCUUAGCCAUCAUCGUAUAUGAGCCAUUAUACCAUGCUCUCCAAAUAUGGUAACUGUAUGCGUCUGCUCAAAAUUAAAAACAAGCUGAAAGUAGUUUGUUUUUAUUAUUUUACAUUUUGUGAGCGUUUUUAAUAAAACAAUAUGAUGAUUAUAGGCAACUUGGCGCUACGCACCUCGUUGGCUAUCUACCAUCUCAUAUCCAACAUGCACUUAUGGAAUAGUAAUUAUUGUUAAUUACGAUGUAGCUCAGGAGAGUAUAGGAAUUUUUUGUUUGUUUUUCAUUAUAGAAUAUUUCAUCCACCCACCCUGUCCACAAGUUUACUUUGUUUGGAGUAUUGUCAAAAUGACUGUCACUUCUGCUCUUUUUCAUCAAACAUUUAAUUAUUUCUUGUAGGACAUUAAUAAGCAGGUGUAAGCAAGGUGCAUUGUCUUACACAGUCGUAAGAAUCAUCACCACAUUCAUUGCUUUGUAAGUAUGUCUAUUACACUAGUAAUAACCAAAGGUUAUGAAGUGCGGACUCCAUCAAUCAAGGGGCAAAAUGCUUUUACUCCAACGCUGUGCUUUGCAUAAGAUUUAACAAAUUGUGCUUGUCACAGCCAAAAAAUUUUUUUUAAGUGAAGUGGAUUGAUAUUUCAUUGGUGUUAAGUUGACAAAUAGAAUAUUACUUGUGCAUGACCAGUUGAAGACUGAAUUUCUCUUCUUGUGUUGAAAAGAGAAAUUUUUAACUCUGUAUGACCAUGACUUGUAAUAUCCUCCGUAUAUUCAUAGCAUGCUUGUCUUGAAGCAUAAAUUAAAAUAAAUCACAAAGCUAAAUAAAUGCACAUACAACUGUACGUGAAACAGGGUGAAUGUCAAAAAACUGUUUUCAAAUUAAUUUUUUAUAGUUUCAAAAACUUAGUACUAGAAGUGUGACAACAACUCAGAUACCCCUUUUGUGAAAUAUAAUAUUAUUAAUAAAGCUCCAUUUAAAGGAAAUAUACAUUUUGUUAACCAAAAUUUUUUGUUGUUGUUAAUUUGAUUUUACUCCCCUUCUGUUGUUCAAGAAAAGUAUAUCCAAAAGCCAGGUUAAUUUAGCCCUAUUUAAUAUGCCACUCUUUCAAGGCUCUCUCUUUAACUAGUUAAGUAAGUGCUACAUUUUAACCUUUGCUUUUGUAUUUUGUAAUGUGUAUUCUAUUAGUAUGAAAGAAAGGAAAUAGAAAAAUUGAAUAAAUUCUAGUUUACCCGUGGAUAGAGACUAUUUGAAGACUUGCAAUACCUACAUCCUUAUGCUUUUCCCUGUUCAUAUUCAUUCCAGGGAAAAAGUCAUGAUUAUCAUAUUAACCCAACUUUAUCAUUAUCUUUAAGUACAUUUCUCUUUUCUUUGCGUAUUUCAGCUGCACUGAAUUGGCUGGAAAGUAUGAUGAAGGAAAUUUAAGCUUUAAAUCAGCAUGGAGUUACAUUGUAGUUAUCAACAACUGUUCCCAAGUGGUAUGACUGUACCAGGUUUAAAUUUCGAUCUAGUUUUAUGUGUGCUUGUUUUAUAUAGACAUCGUAAUGUUAGAGUCGGUGCAUACAGUGGAAAUAAUGGUUAAAAAGGGAUGUGAAUUCUGUCAGUCUGUUGUAUUUUAUUAUCACCCCAAUCUACAAUAAAUUGCAUGGAAAUAAAAUCUGAACUUGCACAUAAUUAUUUCCAAAAAGAAUAAUUAAAAAAACCACAAACAUUAAUAGUUUACAUUAGUUUUUGGUCCCCUGUCCCAUUAUUAUCUUAAUGGUAUCCUGUGUGGCAGCUGCUGGUUAUUUUUUUGUAUGUAUAGUCGUUAUAGAGCAUGCUAGGGGAACACCUCUCCCCUCGUGAACAUGCGUAUCAUUAAUUAUUUAUCACUUUGCCCUAAAAAACAGGCCCUUGCUAUGCAGGCUAUCAUUAUGGUUGAGUUUGUACCUAAGGCAAUAAUUCCACCCGUGUUAUUUUUGUUUGACUUCAAUAUGAACAAGGAAAAAUUUAUGUGGUAAAACGACAGUAGUAAAAGCUACAACAAUAGUGAAAAUGUCAGGAAAUUGUGGAAAGACAUGUAAGCAUCAAUUUACUAAGUAUAUGCCAGCUAAGACUGUUAAGAUUGUGCACCCAAAAUGUUGUAAGGCUAUUCUUUAGCAGUGUGCACUUGUUACAUGUAAGUUUGAUGUGCCUGACUAGAUAAUUUUCUUCUUAUACUUCAUUCUUGAACUUCAUUCUUUUAAUGGGGUGAUUGUCCAGCUGGAUAGUUUUUCUCUCUUUCUUAUGUUUUUUGGGUGGGGGGUGGGGGGGUUGGGUGGUUCAACCUUGUAGGGGACUACCUUGUAUAAGUUAUGUCUCUAAAUCAGUAUAAAUAAAUAAAAAGAACAAUGUAACUAAGUUUAUUAUAUAAACACCAAUGUAAUACCAGGUGAGAUUUCGCCCAAAAACAUGAUAAUUAUCUUCACGUGUGAAAUUAACAUGUUAUCUUGGCAGGUGAAAGAUCACCAUUGCUAUGGCUACAUACGUUGUGCCUUUCACAACAAAAAACUGUUAAAGUGAAAUGGUUCAAUGGUAUUUCAUAGGUGUUUAGAUAAUAAAUCGAAUGUUGCAUGGCUGCUUGAAGGUUAUUUCACAAGUGAGUGCAGUGAACGAGUGAAAUAUUUCUUCAACACUUGAAGAGAAAGUUCGUAUCCUUGCUUGGCCAUGUAAUAUCCUUUAUAUAGGUAAUUAGUAUUCAAUAACAUGCAGCCUAAGAUUUUGAUACUAAUACAAAAUUCUUACUUUGGUUUCAGUGGGCAAUGUAUUGUUUGGUGCUGUUUUACAAGGCUGCUCACGAAGAACUCAAACCAAUAAAGCCAUUUGGAAAAUUUCUCUGCAUUAAACUUGUUGUUUUUGCAUCUUUCUGGUAAGUGGGCUUUUCAGAUUAUUACCUAACUUGUUCAGGGCUCAAAAUAACGGCCAGUCAACAGACAGUGUCGAGUUAAAGAUGACCAUUUUUCCAGUCAAACUUUCUGUUUGGUGAUCAUUUUGACCUGGCAUGUAGCCUGGAACCAGGCUCCGCAGUGGAGGAAAAAGGCGCAAAACAAAAAAUAUCGUUGAGCCAAGCGGUGGCCUGGUGGCCUUUCCCCUCUCCAGACUACCUCCCCACUCACUUAGCUCGCCGAAUUUUUUUUUGCCCACGCCGAUUUUUUUCUUUUUUUCCCCUAAUGUGAAGCCUGGUCCCAGGCUACCUGGCAUGUAAACAAAAAGCCAGCCAAGAAAAAAAUACAUUUUCACACCAUAAUUUUUCAAGAGGACUAGCAUCUUUUUCUUGUUUUUGCUUGUUAUGUGUAUGGUAUUGUCAAAUUUAUUUUGAGCCCUGCUUGCCGGCUAUGCGCAAUAUAAUUGGUCCAACAGAAAAAAAUGUAUUUAGUGGUGAUGUUGAUCUUUGAAAUUUCAGCAGCAAUGCACAUACUGGUAAUUAAAGUAGAUUGUACUUCCUUAUAACUUAUUUCUUUCGUAAAAGAAUAUUACCAAUUAUUUAUACCUUCACGAGUUAUAGUGACUUAAAUGAACAGAUCAUGUCAGCAAUAUUCAGUGAUAAUAAUUAUCAUUUAUAUCACCAGGCAAGGUGUUUUGAUUGCCAUUCUUGUCAAGGUAUGUGUUUUUUGUUUUUUUUUUUUUGCUCUGUGGUUUGUGAAGGAAAUCGAUAAUCUCUUAACACAUGACAUGUUUGUGAUCUCCUUUGAACUUGUGAAUAACUCACACUGCUGAUACCUGAUCAUGCAUUUUGGUUCACUCAAUUAUAAGCCAGUUACAGUUUGAGGACUCCGAAUCUUAGGAUCCCCCAUCAUUUUACAUCCUGACUUUUUCUUAAUGCAAUACUGAGGUAAUUGCAGAGUCAAUACUAUAGCAGUUAUUGAAUGAGACUGAGUAGGAUGUGAAGAAUUAUGCAGAUCGAGGGGAAUGUUCACCUUGGUGAUAACAUCCUCAAUAUGGUAUAAUAAUUAUUGCUUGCAUCUUCCAAAUUUGGUCACUGCUGGUUGGUUCUGAAGAAUUAGCCAGGGGAUUUUAGCAAAUUAGAAAUGGGGAAGUAUUUUGAAUGAACAGUAAUUUAUGCUAUGAAAUGUCAUUGAUGAGAAGACAAAACUACAUGUCUUCUUUGGGAAUUUCAUACUUAUUAAAUCCUCCAAACUAUAACUAUUUCCAGUAGCUGACCAGCACAUAUCAUUGUGGAUAAGAUUGGCAUGAUAAUUAAUUUAAACACACUGAGAGUAGGGCUUCCUUUUGCUCUUCCUGAAUCACAUCAAGCCCUUGAAGUCGCCAAAGCCCGAAUCUCUGGACAAGUCAAUCUUGUUUUCUCUUGUCAAACUGGUCUUAGCCUGCUAGCAAGCUCUUCAUGGCGCUCCAGCAGCCGAAGAGCUUGCUCCAAGGCUAAACUGGUCUGAGACUCUGUACCAAGCACAGGCUAAUAGGCCUGGGUUUGAAACUGUAUCCCAGCCACAAGCAGCACAUGUUCAACGAAGAUCUUUCUUGAUUCAUGCAGGGUCCUUCUUGAGCACGCCAAAAUCGAGCAAGUUGAAGAAAGUCUCAGUUAUAGUAAGGACACAAAGUUGGUUUACAGCAAGGAACCCCACAAGGAGCGUUGCGUGACGACACUAAAAACGGCUGUGUAGCAGACUACCCAAAAGUGUGACCUCCUUUAAUUAACUCACAUUCUUUGAUGCAGACAUUAACCAAUCAGAAGUCGAGGACAGUUUUUAGCUGGCUUCUGAUUGGAUUAAAUCUGUACGAAAGAAUGUGAAUAAAUCAAAAGCGGUCACACUUUUAGGAUCCUUGCUGUAAAAACUUCUACUCGCAUUCAAAAGACUCCUGCUGGUACAGUAGUUUAAUCUAAAGGUCCCUGUUAUCUUCUAGGUGGGAAUAAUAUCAGCAAACCAUACGUGGAGCUUUUACACUGUGGAGGAUGUUGCCAAUGGAAUUCAGGUGAGGAUAUGAUAGGAUUUUGGGUCACUCGUUAAUUCACCUCACUUCUAUCUUAAACUGCUUGCUUAUCGGCUGGUGAAAAGCUAUGGCCGGGCUGCCUAACUACCUGAUAAUUUUACUGGGGUUAUCAAUUUGUAAGACGGUAAAGUUCAAGUUUAUCAUUAACAUUUUCAUAUAUACAUGUAAAAUACAACACUUGCCCGAAAAAAAAGCUGGUCUAGUCAAGUACUGAAGAGCUUAUGUGUAUAGCCGGGUUCUCCAGGUUAGCGGUCGUUUCGAUACAAGUGGAUUCAGUCAUAAGUUAUAAAAAGGUUUAACAUGCUUGGCUUAAAGAACAAGGCUGAGGAUUAUUCACCCCAAAUGUUUUUUCUAGUUCACGCGCAAUCUAUACUUGAUCGAAAAUGUUGUGCAGUUUCACUGCUUGAGUUCGUAUCGAAACGACUUGUAUCGAAAUGACUUUGUAUCGAAACGACUGGAUUCCUUUAGCCGCACCGUCUCAUCAAAAAGGGACGGUGCGGCUACACAGAGGCCAGUAUUGACUGACAUUAUUAAUCGCUACUGAAUGAGAUAUCUGAUUGAUCUCCUCACAUUUCUUUAAAUAGAGAGCUUUAGAUUUGAGAACAAGAACGAGUACGAGAUUUAUCUCAAAGUUUUUAAGCACGUUCUAAACAAAAAAAGACUCCCCGGAAAGCUUCAUUUUACUUUUUUUGUUUAUUCUGAAGGAGGUUAAACCCUCUCCCGAUAGCAAAAUAAUAAAACUCUUACACUUCUUUCCGUAACUACGACAUUCUCGCUAAAACUUGUUGUAGAAUUACGUUUUCCCGCCAAAAUGACGCUGGUUCACGCGUGAGCAAUACUCAGUAUUGAGGAAAUCUCGUACUCGAAGUUACCCUGGGUACCAGAGGUUUUUCUAGCGUGCAGCGGAAAUUUUCGCGCGGGUCACUAUUAAGACUUAACAGAAACAGGAACUGCGCUAGAAAAGUCUCUGGCACCCACGUUAACUCGUAGUCGUCCUUGUCUCAUAAUCAAAACCUCUCAAAUAAUUUGUUGAAAGAGUUUGUUAAAAGAUCAAAGCAUUUUCCCUUGGUGAUCAUUUUAUGAAUUCCCAUGACCUCUUCUCUUAAGUUUAUUGAUAUUGUUGGCGAUGUUGGUUACUCUUGGGCCGUAGAAGGUAAAUACGACGACCACCACGUUAUUUUCGUUACCAUUUUACCCCUUUCGCACAACCCCUUGAAUUCUUUAUGUUAAUAGUAGGCUUUCUAAAAGCUCUUCAUUUUUUGGGGCGCAAAAUGAACCGGUAGCCUGCGAGGCAGUCGCAAAAAGGGGGGCAAGACGGGGAGAGGGAGAAAAGCGCAACCCCCUCACUUUCUCACUUCCUCUCAAACCCCUUUUCUCUUUCGACGCCUGUUCCACCGGUGACAUCAGCAUGACGUAAGCUGCUGAUAUUUGACACCACUCUCGACGCAGCAUAUGUCAAUCAUUUUUCCCGCGUGAAUUUAUAUGAUUCAAAUCCAUUCAGGCUAAUCAAGUCGACGUUGCGACUUCGUCGCUCGCUCAGUCGCUGCGCGACCUUAUUGAAGCUCGCUUCGCUCGCUUUCAAGAACUUAAACGAACAAGUCUAUGCUAGUACAUGUUAGAAAAGCAAUCGAUCUGGCAAACAGUAAUACUUUGUAAUAGUAAGUAACAAGGAAUCCUUCACUAGACCAUUUCCUCCUUUUCUAGCUUUGACACUAAAAAAUACCUACCCCAGUUUUUUUUCCUCUUCGACAUUUUUGUGUUCCUAGUAAAUAACUUUUCUAAAUCAAAAGUCUCUGACGUCCAUGCCCUAUACCACACGCCGUAGCCUGAGUAUCACUGAGAAAUUUCAGGGAGGGGGGGUAGGUAGGAAAGGAGCAGAGUGAAGCGGAGAUACUCAGGCUACACACCCAGCAUCACUUACAGCAACACACUGCUACAGGUGUGAUGACACUAACCGUUUUACCAAUGGGCAUUUCUGUUGCCCACGAGGAAACAACUUUUUGUGUGUGGCAGAUUUCCCCAAGGUGAAAUUGCCUCGGGGAAAUUUCCAUGGAUACGUCAAAAAGAACAAAAGAAUUACCCAUGACAGUUCCCGUCCGAGGAAAUUCUAUGGGUUGAUAAGAACCCAAAGUGGCUCAACCAAUCACGAGAAGGUGAAAUAUACCAAACAGUCGAGAUCAUGUGUUGUUUACUUGCUGCGUUCGUCUUGGCGCCAAAUCCUACGCGAAACUGGGCUCAAAGUUGGAAAUCAUAUCAGCAUUUUUAGCUCUGCUGUGAAUGUUUUUAUGUUUAAUAUAUUCAGUCAAAGUACCUUGAAACAGUGGAAAGUUUUCUUUACUAUAGUGUUUAAGAAUUCUUACCUCAUGAAGUCGAAGCUGUUUCCCCAAGUAGAGCUUUGAGAAAAAGGUCUAACGUAACCGCACCUUAUAUAGGCGUAUUAAUUAUAGUGACUAUAAACAAAUCAUUCGCUGACUGGCUGAAAAUUCGCGCCUAAAUGUAUUCCGUUUGCACGAAACCACUCUAAACGUACAAAAAUUUAGACAUAUAGUCGUUCCAAACUUUGAACUCGAAAACGAGGUCAAAUUUUUAGCGUGAACGUUUGAAAAUUUGACCGGCGUGGUGUGAACACCUUAACCGUCUAAAUUUUGAACGGCAAAGGCGUGGUUACAUGGAUAGGUGGUAACUCAACUGCAAGACACCAUUUUGGAUUUGCUAAAGUGGCGCUGUGCGCAAGGGCAGAUAGUAAAUUCACUGAAAGAAGUUGAAAUUUAACCUGGUUCGUCAGUUCAGUUUGGUUCUGUCUUCUUCUUCCUUGGAAAUCACGAUGGGUCCACGAUUCUCUGGUAGGAAUCGCGGGCGCAUCGAGACUCGGGGAUCCAGUUUAUCUCCUCCCCUGAAGCAGGAGAGAGACCCUGGAAACGAAGUUGCUACUUGAAAUUAACUGUUUAUUUGUACGUCUUUGAUUACAAUAUUGGUCAGACGUAUUAUUAUUCUUUUCACAGAAUUUUGUUAUAUGCCUGGAGAUGUUCAUCUUUGCCAUUGCUCAUUACUACGUCUUCUCCCACAAACCUUAUGUGGAUCCAUUCUCACCCCCUCCCCCCUGCUGCGCCUCUUUUGCUUCCAUGUGGGAUGUGUCAGACGUGCGCGAUGACUUGCUGCAGCACGUGCAGAGCGUGGGAAGCACGGUGCGGGGGACAGUCGUGCGAAACAAACGCCGUGAAACCGCGGCCUCGGGAACGGCAAACACCGAAGUAACCCCUUUACUGGAAAGUGAGAUUUGCGAAAACUUUUCCUCUGAUGAGGGCCUCAUUCUUGAUUGAGUCUUUUUGAGCCAACCUUAUUUAUUCUGCUGGCAGUUGAUGGGCAAGUAUCCAAAUAGUUCAUACACUAUAAAGUCAAGUUAUUUAACAAAGUUAACUACAAGAAGUAUCGUACUGCAACACCUGAAACCCUGUAAAUAAGGAAGAACUUUGUAAUAUAAAAUAAUUUGUUGGGGAAAAAUAAAGUUGUA